GCUCCGUUCUGCAGUCUGUGGGUGUUACGUGCCUGACGUCAUAGUGAUACACUCUAUGGUGGAGGUCUGCACCUCGACCGUAUUUUUUCUUUUUUCACUCCGGCCGACAAGAGGGGAUUUAAAAAUGGCGGAUUCCAUUGCAGCACGUUUAGCGUUGCAGGAGGAGCAGAUACACCUUCUGACCCAGGAGAUUGGGUGGCUUCAAGCAGCCUCUGAAGAGGCAGCAGAGUUUUUCCGGGCAUGCAUUAGUAAGCCUGAGCUGGACACCCUCAGGAAUGAGAACGAAAAAUUGCGUUACAGAAUCGUGCACUUGAAACGGAGCCUGCGAGCCGAGUUGGACCGAAGCAACGCUGUGACUGUCACAGCGUGCAGCGACACCCAUGACAGUAGUCAGCAAGAACAUGGAUCCGGCGACGGAGCAAAACCCCAGGAACAGGAACUGUUUUUCUUUCAUGACCUAAGUCCUGGAAGCUGUUUCUUCCUUCCCAAAGGAGCCUUCAUAUAUAAUACAUUAGUGGAAUUUAUAAAGGAGGAGCACAUGAAGAGUGACUUUCAAGAGGUUAUUACUCCAAACAUCUACAACAACAAGUUAUGGGAAGCGUCUGGUCAUAGACAGCAUUACAGUGGCCAAAUGUUCACAUUUGAGGUGGAAAAAGAAAUCUUUGCUCUUAAACCCAUGAACUGCCCAGGACAUUGUCUGAUGUUCAGCCAUCGACCAAGAUCUUGGAGAGAGCUACCUUUACGCUUUGCAGACUUUGGUGUAUUACAUAGGAAUGAAGUUUCUGGAGACUUGACUGGAUUGGAAAGAGUUCGUAGAUUCCAACAGGAUGAUGCACAUAUCUUUUGCUCAGUAGAACAGAUCACACAGGAAAUAAACAGCUGCCUGGAGUUCCUGCACACUGUCUAUUCCAUUUUUGGAUUUUCUUUCCAACUCUGUCUUUCAACUCGCCCGGAAAAGUUUCUUGGUGAUAUUGAGACCUGGAAUUUUGCUGAGAAGCAAUUGGAAGCAAGCCUAAAUGAAUUUGGAAAACCAUGGAAGACAAGUCCUGGUGAUGGAACAUUCUAUGGGCCUAAGAUUGAUAUAAAGGUGCAAGAUGCAAAUGGGAAGUACCAUCAAUGUGCUACUAUUCAACUGGACUUCCAGCUGCCUCUUCAAUUCAAUCUGACUUAUGUCGGGAAGGAUGGCAAUGAUACUGCCAGGCCUGUAAUUAUUCAUAGAGCAAUCCUGGGCUCUAUUGAAAGGAUGAUUGCCGUUCUCAAAGAGAAUUAUGGAGGAAAAUGGCCAUUGUGGCUGUCACCGCAGCAAGUAAUGAUAGUUCCAGAAUGUGCUACUUGCAAGGACUACGCUUGGCAGGUUUGCCAGAAAUUUGCAGAAGCUGGUUUUAUGGUGGAUGUAGACUUGGAUAAAAAUAAAGAGCCAAAUGAAAAAAUUACAAAUGCACAGCUUGCUCAAUACAACUUUAUAAUGGUGGUGGGAGAGAAAGAGAAAGCAGCUGAAAGUGUUACUGUCAGAACAAGAGAAAACAAGUUCCAUGGAGAGAUGACUGUACAUCAGGCUAUUAACAAGCUACAAAAACUGAAGACGUCUCGCUCCUCGGAAACAGAGAGAGAAUUUUAAGGCAUUUGGUUUGCAAUUGUAGUGCAUAGUACUGAAUAUUAAGUUAUUUACUGUGAACCCAAUAAAAAUGUGCAAAAGAUA